CCCGCCCAAGUCCUCCCUUCUAUAAAAAUCUCUGUUGCUUUUUUUUCACAUAAUUGGACAUUUUACGGGGUUCUCGUCUUGUAUCGCCUCCUCUCCUGAUGGACGUCGAACUACGAAAGGAUGGCAAACACUAGAGAAAUGCCAGCCAUGGAUCAGCAUCCAAGGCUGAGCCUGGCCGAGGUCCUUCAUUCCUGCAAGUCCUAUGAGGAAGCCCUGAGCGAAGUCAGACACCUCAAUCAAGCAGAUGGUUGCAGGGAAGAUCUUCCUGCCUGGACCCCCACUGCGGGAUCUGUGUUGCAGCGGUUAACGGAGACGGUGUUAAACAGAGGGCACCUUCCUGACUGCUGUGACUUGCUGCAGUUCCAAGCAAUAUAUGCUAACAGUGGGAAUGUAGUGGACCCCAAGCCACUAAUCUUGUCCUACCUGCAGUUCAACAGCUUUUCUAAGACAGUUGUCUCAUUGAAAGCAGCUGUAACAGACAUGAAACUCUUCUGGCAGUGUUUGAACUGGUUAUUGAAAUGCUUGCUUAGAAACUCCCGUGACGCUCUUCUGAGGCACUUGCCCGAGAUAGGCCAGGAACUCCUUUGCUCGGUCCUGGACACCAGCGCACAUAUUGGCCUGAGAAGACUGAGGAUUGAGGAACUCAAUGACCUCCUGGAAGUAUCUAGCCAAGAGGAUCGGGAGACGUUUAAGAAGAAGUGCGACCUGCAAGUAAAGGAUCUUUGCAAUCUGCUGAAAAUUGCCGGUAAUUACGACUUCCAGACCAGCAUAGUGGAAGCUAUCUUUCGCUUAUCUACCACUGCAGAGAGAGUGCGCUGUGUUAGCCAGUGGUUUCCUAUGGUGGAUUGCACUGUGCAUUCUCUUUUCACCAGAAUUUCAGACUUUGAGCCUGAUUGUCGUAGGUUUCUCAAUGCUUACAAUGCAGCACUUGGUCGUUAUCGAUUAGUUUACACAUUUCCUUGUGUUAGUGCUUUUGUUGGGGAACUGCAACUUAUAAAGCCUAAGGCUGCAAACUAUGAGAAAUUUUGGGUGGACUUCAAUACAGCUUGCAGCUCCGUUCUUCUUUUCCACCAGAUGAUGGAUUCAUCUCCAGACCAACCCUGGGAAAGCCUAACAGUGUCCUUCGAUGACAUCAAGACGGUGACACUUUACCGCGCUGUUCAUUCCUUUAGACUGGUGUUUGUGAUGAAAAAUGUAGAAAACACGGUCACUCUUUUUAGCUCCCCGUUGCUGCAGAAAUGUAAGGACCUGGUGACAGCUACUAUCACUCUGGAGUUUGAAUGUUCAGAGUUACUACAGAAAGCUGCUUACCUAUUGUAUGAAGAACGAUUAAAUGUUAUCAGCCAGGAGCCAGACAACUUGAAAUAUAGGAAAAAACACAAAAAGAGUAAGGAUAGUUCUUCUUCAGGGUCAGGGCGGAAAAUGUCAAGCAGUGUUGUAGUUCCCUGUACAUUAGAAGUCCUCUCAACAGACCAUCAGGUUUCAGCCAGACAGCAACAUGCAAACAAGUAUGGUGGUUUUUUGUCAUCACAUUCUGGACACUCCUCUAGGAAGAAAACUUCUAUUUCCAAACAAGAGCUGUUUCUGGAUACAGAGGAUACCCAAUUUACACCUUCUGAAAAGGUGUCAUCACAGGAAUCAGCCAAGAAAUACAAAGCAUCUGUAAGCAUCAUGGACAUUGAUGCUUGUGCAAGUUCAGUUAGAAAUGAAGGAAUUACAGAAAAUACCAAGGCAUCUAUUGCUGUAGUGCCAUGUGUUAGCAGGAUUAUAGGAGAAUCUGAUGGAAAGGUUCAAAAUCGGGACAGAAAGGAGUAUAUUGAUUCACCACACAUCAGUGGAUCUCUUGACAGGUACCUGCCAACCCAAGAUGCAGAUCUGCUGAACAGGGCUAUGGAUUCCUAUGAAAGUAAAAAACAGAAGAAGCUUGACAGCUCAUCUGAAAGUGAUAAAGAGAUUGUGCCUUGCUCACUUAGUACACAAGAGAGGUGGGAGUCACAUAGGAUUCAUGUUGAUCUAAAGUCAAGAAAGAAGCAAUGUCAAGAGCUGCCAGUUGUAGAUCCUUCAGGGGAUCUGGGAGCCAAAGCAGGGAGUAAAAUAUCAGAGGAUGAGAUAGAAGGUCAGAGUAAGUACUUCAGAAAAAGGAGCAAUAGAAACAUACAAGGUGAAGAGGAUUUUGUGCCUGAGGUGAAAUCAGUGCAGCCAGACUCAAAGGAGAAAGAGACUGGAGUUCCAAAGGCAAGCCCUAGUGAUUUGCCAAUGCAGAGGAGCACAGAAUGUAAAGAGUUCAUGGUUUCUCAGAUGAGACCAGUUCAGCCACAUUCAAAGGGUAGAGAGAUUGUAGUUCAGGAGGCAACUCCUAAUGAUUUACCAGUGCAAGGAAAGAGGGGACUUCAACAGAAUAGCACAGAAUGCAAAGAAGCAGAGAUUUCUGAGGUGAGUCCAGUACAGACAAAUUCAAAGAACAGAGACACUGUAGUUCCUGAAGUAACCCCAGAGGCAACCAAUAAUGACAUGCCUGUAGAAGAAAAGAGAAUUAGAAAAAAAAGUUCCAGGGAACCUACCAAAGCUCAAAUGAUGACUCCCAAAACCUACCCUUUACGCAGCCGUUCCAAGUUAUCUGAUGAGAAAAACAAGGACUCCUUUGUAUAUGCAAAGGCCUCUUCUGUUGGUCCAAAAGCAAAACAGAGAAGGUCUCUAGGAACAUCACCCAAACUUAAGAGUUCGUCUUCACCAAAUUAUCCGACUUUGAAGUUCACUUCGCCUAUGGUGGGCUCAUUAUCACAGGCUGAAUCUUCUCCCAUGGGAAAACUCAGGUCAGAGGGAAAGCAUUCAAAGGAUUUUCUUCAAACUUCGAAGUGGUCACCAUCUACCUCUAAUGAUAAAGUUGGAGAUAAUUCAGGACAUGUCAUAAAAGGUGAGACUUAUAGAUAUUGUAAAAGUAGGCAACGGGUUCCAAAAUUAAAUUAUUCCAUGUCUGAUCCAAUAGAUGCUGAGGCUGUUGAGGCUGCAGUGUCAAAGAGCCCCAGACCAAAAGCACCAAGUACAUUAGGUUCUACUUCUGUAAUACAUAAGUCUCCCAGAUCUGUAGCAAAAUAUGAUAAGAAACAAAAGAUUUCUUCACCCACUCCAGUUCUUGUAGCCUCAGAACAUGACCAUCAAAAACAUGUAGCUUUAAGCAGUGAAUUAAAGCAUGAUAAACUACAACUUCAAACCCAUUAUCAACAUGACCCAGGUAAUAAAGAAAUUUCAGAAACCAGCACAAUAAACAAAUCAGACUUUAAAUGUCCUGAAACAUCAGUUGGUUCUCUCCCAAAUCAAGGUCAUGAAAACUCCAGUGGAGGUGAACCAGUGGCAGGAGAAUUAAAUGUUUUACCACAACCAGAUGAAUAUAUGUCUAAUGAUUUUUAUGCAACUCCUGAUGUUGCUUUAUCAGAAACAGAAAAGCCUUUGUUUAAUACAUUGCAGUCUGCAGCAGACACAGUUAAACCUGUUUCAUCAGCUAUAGUUCCUCUUACUCAAGAAAGUACCCCAGUUACUUCUGUGACUGCCAUAGUACACAGAGAUGGCACAGGUAUUACAACACCUCAUCUUCACACACAAACAGAAUUUCCAAGUUUCCCCAUGAGGUCUGGUGCAAAGUGGCCAGAUACACCUAGGCCUACUUUUGAAUCUGACCCAUGCUUAUCUCCAUUGCUUAUGCCAGAGGGGAAUAUACCUUGUACAGAAGUACCAAAUAGAUCACCAGAUACAAGCAACCCGAUGUUAACUGGAUCCUUUUCAGCAGUGCUAGAUGGUGAAGUGUUGAAGGAGGGUCUCUCUGGUUCCCCAAUCCCCAAGUUUCUGGAUACAGGAGAGAGUAUGUCCAAGUCACCAGUUUUUUCUAAGGAAGCUCAGGAGAAAACUACCAAAGAUCUGGCAUAUCUGGAUCAUGCGUCAGAUCUAAGGAGUGGGUUAAGCUGUAACAUUGAUUGCAAUCCACUUGAUGGGUCUCAAGGAAAAACUGCUGAUGAGGAUGGAGCUGGUAAAUGUGCAAAUACUGGUGAAAGAAAUGUGUAUGAUACUAAUAAUGAGAGGGGUGAAGAAAUGGCUAGAUCAGUUUUAGAUAAGAAUAAAGGAAAUACAAUGAAAGAUGAGAUAGAACAAGAAACCAUUCCAAAUGCAUCCGUAUUCAAUUUCCUGGGAAGUGGAAAAAGUCCAAGCAAAACUCUAAAGUCAACACUUAAGAUUUUGGCUGAAUACCCAGUUAAACCAUCAGGAUUGAAGACCCCAGGCAAGCAGUUUAAACUUCUAAAAAAUGCAGACUCAAAUGAAACAAGAAGUAAAGCUAACACCUACCCAGCAAAAAAGAAAACUAAGAGUGUAUAUCCUCUGGGUAGAAGCAAGAGUACAUCUCCCACUUUCACUGAUCAGAAGGAAUGUGAUCGCGUUAGUGUUAAAAGUAAGAAGAAGCUUUAUGAUGUUUUUACCGAGUCAAUGCUCAUAGAGACACCCCCUGAAAAUACCAGUAUUACAGAUAUUAGUGGAGGAAGAAAUGACAAGGAGCUUCACUCAUCUGAACAGAAGAGAUCUAGUACAAGCAGUAGUAAGAGGAGGCAAAAUGAAACCUACACUGUAGAGAAAGAAACCUCAAUUAAUCAGUCACAGAGUACAGGGCCCGAGUCCUUUGGUCAUGCAGACAGUGCCAGAGUAGAUUCAGGACUGAAGGAUACGGAAGGAAAACCGAAGAGGGGUAGGGGAAGGCCCUCUCUGUCAUCAAGAGCCAAGGAGACUGGAUUGUCAGUCUAUAGCAAAUCUACAAAGAACAGAAAAGGCAAACGAUCUGGGCGGACAACAGAGGCAGGAGGCUUCCUGGAAUACCCAGAGAUAAAGGACCCGUCACCAAGAAGCCAUACCGUUUAUUCUGAUUUUGAUUUUGACUCGUCCCACCCUGAGACAGACCACAGCUGGAUGUAUGAGAAGAAGAAAAAGAAGAAAAACUUUAAUGUUUGUCACACCUAUAAAAACAGGAGCAAAUUGAGAUCACUGUCAAAGGAAAGCAGUGAAGAUGAAUGGGCUCCCUUUAAGCUAAGGAAAAAGUGGUCACGAAAACGACCAGAGAACCUCCUAUCAGACUCAAAUAAUGAGGAAAAUUAUGCCAAGAAACCACGCAGGGAGAAACGACCAAGAAAUUGUCAGAAGCGUAUUUCAUAUGAAGAGGACACUACAGACUCUGAAUUCAGUAAAAACAAGAAGAGGCAUUUAGAUAGUUCAGUGGACUUGGUCAGCACUGAAAAGAGCUUAUCAUGGCUGGCGAGAGUAGAGAGAGUAGAGUCCCCAGAACUGUUAAGAAACACAAGCAGAAGUUCCGUAGAUUCAGGACCUCCAAACAUACUGGAUUUCAAGCUUACUGCAACAAAAAUCAGAGAUAAGGAUGCUAAACUGCAAAAAAUCCAAUCUGGUAUUGCUGAAAGCUUUGGUUUUUCUUCCCAGGAGGAAAAUGAUACUCGCCACAGUAAGCCUGUUAGUAAAAGAAUACGUAAAUCGGUCGAGGACACUCAAAUUAAAGACAUGUUGCAGAAAAUACUGCCCCAGCAAGAAAAGACAGCAAGAGUAAGACCAGAUCCUGAGCUUCUGGUCAAUCUCUCUGAUCAGCAGAUUGUUCCUCAGCCACCAAAUAAUACACCUGUCUCCAUGGAGGUAGACCCUAAUAUGUCACAUCCAUUUGAUGCAGAUGAUCCAGCACAAUUAAUUUUAGAUGGUGCUGCUAAUCCAGAUGAUCCCUCUGAGAAGCUAGAAAUACUACAUAGCAAACAGAAUCCCAGUGAUGUUGAUACUACACAAGUCUUUGAUGUGGGAGAAAUAAGUCAAAUAAUGAAAAACAAAAUUAAUUUUCCAAAUGCUUCUUGUGGUCCACUACAAAGCACCUUGAUUCAUGAGUCAGAGUCAUGCUUAGUAAACCAGGGUAGGUUUAGCUACGUUUCAGAAGCAGAUAAUUCAUAUAUUGAACAAUUAGAGAGCCAGUGUUCAGCUACAGGAUUGAAUUCUGCAGUUGAUAAUGAAGGAGCAAACAAUGGCUCUCCAUACAUGGAUAGUGAUGCAAAUCCCUGGCUAAGAUUGGAUGACUCCGUCAGUGAAGAUCCUGAUUAUGAGCGCGUCAGCAUGAUUCCAAGGCACCCAGGAUCUUCCCCAUCAGAUGAAGGUUCGCCAGCAGUCGGUGAAAAUUGUCCAGAUUGUUCCCUGUCAUCUAUAACCAAAACCACACACACAGCAACACCUGUAAUCACAGAGCCUACUAUUGUACCAGAAUCAGUUACAAGAGCAACAGAACUCUCACCAGAGUCACCAAAAAGCCUUCCAGUGCCAUUGUUGGAGCUUUACAGUAGAGCUCCUGAAAAUCCUGAAACAUGCAAUUUGGGUCAUAUACAAGAGGCACAAAAAUUAGGUGAUAAAGACUCAUUAGAAGCAAAGCAACCUGUACAACAUGAAAGUAAAAGUCUAGGUACAAAAAAGGAGGAUUAUAACAAUGUUAUUAGUGAACUUGCUGGACUUCAGAGUGAUACCAACCUAGCAUCUCAAACAACUUCCAAACUUACAAACAUAUUGGAAAGAUUAUCAAGUAAUGUAAUUGAAGAAACACAUGGAAACAACUUGCAUACACCCUGUUUACAUGAGGAAAUGCUGCAGAAAACACCACCACGUCUAGUCCCAAGGGACCUCUUCAACACAACUAAAGGUUCAGGAACAGUAACAGAUGAUGCCAAUAUAAAAAUAAUGUAUGAUGUGUUAAAUACAUUAUCGACACCAAUGUCUAAGGCAUCUUCAGCUCUAAACAGGGUAGUGGCAGCCUUAGAAGAAGCAAAGGAGCUGCUGACAACCAAAAUGAGUUUAUAAUGGAUGUAAAAUUAUAAGAUUUUUUCCCCCCAAGUGUCAAUAUAUAUAUAUAUAUGGUGUGAAUAAAGGUAGUUGAAUAUAAUGAUAGAAGGAGUAACACUUUGUGUCUUUGAAAGGAAUUGGGUGUUUAGAAUUCACUCUGUAUUGAAAGGUAUUUUGUGUUAUCCUUAUUUCUUUUGUGUCUUUAGCAUUGUGUAAACUGUACCUUUCAUGUCGAUAGUACAAAGAAAUGUUAUAUUUUUUUAUGCCUGAUCUGUAUUUCAUAUCAAUUUUAUUCAGUGCAAAGGGUUGGUUAUAAUAUAGUUAUAUGAUUUUUGUGUGCUUUACACAAUAACUGACAGACUUGGUUGUUUAUUUUAUUUACAGAAGUUUUGGCAAAUAAACCUAGAUUAUUUUUUUAUCAAUGUAUCUUUUAUUUUUAUUAUUUUUUUAUUUUUUAUUAUUAUUAUUAUUAUUAUUUUUUAAAGUUUAGUAAAACAUUUACAUAUAAUAGCCUAUUGAGCACAUGUUUCAAACUUAAAUUGUCCUGUUUCCAUCUUUUCUCGGAAUUACUGGUAUUUUGCCAGGAUUUCUCUUCAAUUGUAUGUUUAUUUGUUUUUUUGUUUUUUCUUAAAUCUUUUCUUCAAUUUCUUGCUAUGUUAAUAGGAAGAGGUAGCUUUUCACGGAAUUUAAUUUUUUGGAAAUUUUCUGAGUCCCCUUCCCCUUCUACUCAUUUCUCCCUUUUACAUUUCAGGCUUUGAAUGUAUUUCUUUUUUUGUUUUAGCUCAUAUACAAGAGGUUAAGGAAACUUUCUAUGUGCCACUUCUCAUGAGGUAUAACCACAAAGUUAAAGGGCAAAAGAAAAAAGAAAAAGUAUUUAAACAGAAAAUAUAUUGGUAUAGAUUACACUAGUUGGGAAACCAUAAAAAAAAUCAUAAUAUUACAUGUCAAGUUGCUGUGGCUCCUAGGCCUUCAGCCAAAUAGCUAAUGGACUGCUUAAUCUAUUCUUAAUUUGUAGAUCUCCGAUCAUCCACUUUAAUUUGUCAAGAAAGGUGCAGUGUGUCAUCAGGAAUGGUCUGUACUCUGUCUUAUGGCACUUGCAUUCAUUUCCAACUAUUAGGACUAAGAUUCAUAUAAGAGGAUGGCAAGCUAAAAGUGCAAUGGGUGUCACAAAUCAUGUACAUAAUCCAGUUCUAGAUUCCAAUCUCAAUCUUGGAGUAUGCAGAUGUGUUGGUAAAUGAUACAGAAACAUUUUUAGGAAUCAAUUCUUCAUCAAGCAUUAAUGCAUUUUGGGAAAAAAAUCUAUGUAGGACCAGGUCUCUUCAUGUUUACGUUGAAAGAUUGAAUUUAAGAUGUUUUGUUUGAUGCUGUGAAAGUAAUUUUUAUGUUAGAUUCUUUUUUUUAUCUAAUUCUGAAGAAAAGGUGUUAUUUAGUUCAAAUUAUAUAU